AUGUUUUUUUUUUUUUUUUGCACGUUUAGGUUGCACUAUGCUUUAUUAUUUCUUUUUUUUCCCCAUUGUGUGUGGUGCCUGAUAUGAAGGGUAAUCAUUCCCAUUCAGUGUCAAUCAUCAUUAGCUGUAAAGUUUUAUCCACCAUGGUUGGUGACUUAUCUUCUCUUCUGCAGUGUUUUUGUUUCUAGAUAAAUCUAAUUAAGGUUGUACUUCAUUCAGCUACUGGAAGUGAUGAAGUCUCUUUUAACUACUGUACAUCUGAAAAAGAACAUGCACCUGUGCUAUUGUGUGUGAGGUUAUAUCUGCACCAAUGCAGCUUUUCAAAUCCAAAAUCCUUCUUUUUGUAAAAAAGAAAUCACUUACAGUUGGUGUAGUAGGACCUCACUAUUUUCUUCAUUCAUUAAAAUGAAUUCCUGCCGGUUCAGGUGUUAAAUCCGGAGUCCCAUUGGAAAGUGUUUUUCUGCCCUUUGGCCCAAUUUGGACCUUUCCCCCCGAAAAGUUCAUAUUGACUGUAUGAGCUUGUGCUGUCUCUCAGCUCAGAAGUUUGUUUUAAUGAGACGUAGCGGCUCCCAGCUGUUGCAGAGCGAUGAAGGAAUGCUGCUCUGUAUUAUUUUUCUCUCCUAAAAUUAGAAACAACAUCACCUUCAGUCAUUUUCCCAUUGGCUCAAUGCCGACUUGCAACAUUCUCAGGUGCUUCUCUUGGACCUUUGAGACCCUUGCAAAUAUGGGAAUUGCCCUCAUGAGGGGGACGCUCUUAUGCGGGGCAACUCCCUGACUCCUGAAUUCCUCUGACUUGACUAAUUGAUUGGGUCACUAAGAAGUAUCUAGGCCAUACAUCUGUGGUGACCUGAUUGCGAUAAUUAGUGACCUAGGAUUAGUGAAGGGGACGACAUCAUGCUGUUUGGUUCCACGUCGCUUGCCUUUGCGACAAAAUCAUUGUCAUGCAGCUGCAUUUUACUUCUAUGGAUUUAAUAACCAUGUCUGGAUAGGCAUACGCAGUUACAGGUGUGCAGUCAUCUUCUUGCACAUGUGGAGGGAUUAUCCCGCCUUUGUAGCCUACGUGCCUGAGCGGCCCCUGCAAUGGCAGAGGGGACGGGACAAACAAGAUGUGAGGAUUCCUGUCACAUCCUGUACAUGGGAUGUACACACUAUUAGAAAUUCCUACAAUGCUGCACAAUUUGUACGGUUAUUUUUCAUAAAGUAGUCUUCAACUAUACUAAUCAAUAUGACUUUUUUUGCAGGCAGAUAGUUGUGAUUCCUUUCAAGACACAUUUUUAAUCUCUAGGUUACCUAAUUUUGCUCUCCUUCAUAUUUUAUAACUUACACUAUAGAAAUAAUAUUUUCAAUAAAACUGCCCCUUUUUUUGGCUCUUUAAUUUUGUAAAACACAGUUUUGUCCUGUUUUAAUACUAUUAAUAGUCUUCACUUUAUUCCUGAUUUAGACUUUUUUCCAAUGUAUUGGUGAAUAACGGUAGCUGUCAAUCCUUUAUAUAUUCCUCAUCUACCAUUUCUGAUGAUACACACAUCUUUACGCUUGUUCCGUUCCCUGACUGAUGGCCCUCUCUGCCCGACACCGCCUGAUCCAAUUUAAGGAUGUCUUCAUCUAGAAUUAGCUUGUUUUGACCAGCCCGCAAGGCACCCUGGGAGGCUGUGGAGCUUAAGGCCGGUCAGUAAGCAGCAAGGGUAUAAAAUGCAGCUUGUGGCACAGGGCUGAACAACUUUAGAGGCUUACCAAGUGUUGAGAUCUGUAGCUCGGAAGGGAGUCUGCGUUGUUGCAUUUUUUUUUUCCAACAGCGAGCGGUGUUAGCACUCGAGUCCUGCAAACAUGGUUCUGGAGGAUUCUGAUGUGGAAAUGAUCGUUGCUGAAAUUGAAGUCAGCGAACACGAUGUUGAGACUCCUCACGGAAGACUCCACUGCACGAUGAAGGGCUCUCCCAAAGGGGACAGACCGGUCAUUCUUACCUUCCAUGACAUUGGCCUGAACCACAAAGCUUGCUGGGACCCGCUCUUCAACCAUGAGGACAUGGCGGAAAUCAUGCAGCAUUUUGCUGUGUGUCAUGUCGACGCCUUGGGGCAGCAUGAAGGAGCCAACACCUUUUCCACUGGGUACGAGUAUCCCUCUAUGGACCAGCUUGCUGAGACUCUCCCAUUGGUGCUGAAGCACUUUGGCCUGAAGAGCGUCAUUGGAAUGGGCAUCGGAGCCGGCGCAUACGUGUUGACCCGAUUCGCCCUGGACUAUCCAAAUAUGGCGGAAGGUCUCAUGCUCAUCAACAUCAACCCGUGUGCUGAGGGAUGGAUGGACUGGGCUGCCCACAAGAUCAGUGGCUGGACCCAUGCUCAGCCUGAUAUGAUUAUUACCCACCUCUUUGGAAAGGAGGAGGUCAACCACGACCUUAUCGCUACAUUCCGCCAUCAUAUCUUGAACAACAUGAACCAGUUCAACCUGCAUCUCUUUGUCAAGGCCUACGAGAGCCGGAGGGAUCUGGAUAUUGAGAGGCCGGUCCCUGGAUGUAAUGCUAGAACUCUCAAGUGCCCUUCUCUGCUGGUGGUCGGCGACAAUUCUCCUGCUGUGGAUGCUGUGGUGGAGUGCAACACCAAGUUGGACCCCACAAAAACAACCCUCCUUAAGAUGGCUGAUUGCGGAGGCAUGCCCCAGGUUGACCAGCCUGGAAAGCUGACAGAAGCUUUCAAGUACUUCAUCCAGGGAAUGGGGCACAUGCCCUCUGCCAGCAUGACCCGCCUGGCUCGCUCCCGUACCGCCUCUGGCUCCAGCAUCACUUCAGACGGCAACCGCUCGCGCUCCCACACCCACGAUGGCAAUCGCUCGCGCUCGCACACCAACGAGGGGAGCCGCAGCCGCAGCCACACGACCGAGCACGGCCACACGGACGGCACAGCCAACAACAACGUGGACCAGUCAGGGCCCAAGUCCGCUGAAGUCUCCUGCUAAAGUGAACACCCCGCCCCUCCCACAACACCCUGCCCGCUGCAGACAACAAGAACCUCUCAAGGUCCCUUCAUUUUGUGCUGCGCUGCCUCUUAAUUAUACACACAGACACACACACACAUAGAUUCAUACACUCUUAAAGCAGACAGGGACACUAACAUGACAUAUUGUGACAUGUAAAAAAAAAAUGCACAAAGGACUCUUGCUUGCAGAUCUUCCACUGCAGCUGAGAUGUCUACAUUUGAAGAUAACUAGAAUUAAAGGUUGUGGCCAACUGUUUUUGUCGUUCAGGGACUCGUACACGUCCACCCCAACAAAACAUCAGCACUCUUCGGUCAGGCAGGAGAGCAAACGGAGGCAACGCAGCAUUUGGGGGACACCAAAAUGGAGAAUAUCAGAGAAAGCUGUGGCUAAGAGUACUCCAGCUUGUAAACUAUUUCUCUCGCAUUUAAGCAGAGUUAAAAUCCAGCAUUCCUUUUGUUUCUCCUCUACUCUUACCACGUUUCAACACAGCUUUCUCAAAUUUACCCCCCUGUAAAUGUCUUGUUGUCUUCUCACUAAUUGUCUGAUCAUUUACUCUAAUGUUUCCAAGUGGCGUCGUUUGUGCAUAGGAACAGAUUAGUAGUCGUAAGGGAAAGAGAGCGAGGAAGCACUCGGACAGAUGGAUGAAUCGUACAGGGCUCAUUGUAUCUGUAGCUUCACAAAUUAAGGGAGAAAGUUUUCAGAAUAUUCUGUAAAUGAUCAUUUUAUUCAGCUGGUGUUUGUUAUCUCUGAGGUGUUGGGUUUUAUUUUAGUUCCCCUUUGCUCCCUUUAAGAUUUCCAUGCGAACCUACUGUUUGCAGGUGAAAUACAACUUGAAUUAAGACUGAGCAUUUUUCUGAGAACAUUUCAUUAAGAAUUAGCUUUAUAAUGAAUUAAAAUGCAAAUUCACACGA